AUGAAGGUCCCGGCAGCUUCGAGCGUUCCCCUGCUCACACUUUCCACUCUCAUUAGCUUGGUAUCAGCGGAGGAUGUCCUUUACAGUCGUAGGCUCGCGAAACGCGGAAUUGACGCUGAAGGAAACUACAACAUCUCCUUCUUCCACGUCAACGACGUGCACGCCCAUUUGGACGAGUUCAGUUCCUCGGGAACCGACUGUACCACGCCUGAAAGGGGAUGUUAUGGUGGAUAUGCACGCAUUAAGACCGUGGUCGACGAGCAGCGACCGAAGUACAACGACAGUUUGUGGCUGAACGUUGGCGAUGAGUUCCAGGGCACGCUUUUUUACUCGUACUACGGUGGCGAGAAGAUUGCCGAAACAAUCAAUCAGCUGGGCUUUGACGCGAUGACUAUCGGAAACCACGAAUUCGAUGGAGGCGAUGACGAGCUUGGAGACUUCCUCGUGAACCUGACGUUCCCAAUUAUCUCCGCUAACAUUCAUUCCGAUAACGAGAAACUCAACAAGACGAUCAAGCCGUACCAUAUCUUUGAGGACAAGGGUAUCGCCAUCAUCGGUGCUACCACGGAAGAGACGCCCAGUAUCUCGAGCCCAGGCGACGGGACUACGUUUUCCGAUGUCGUUGAGUCGGUGCAAAACGCGAUUGAUGAGAUCAAGUCAAACACCAAUAUCACGAGAAUUGCAGCCAUCACGCAUAUUGGUUAUGAUAAGGACCAGGAACUAGCCGAAGCCACGACUGGCCUCCAACUCAUUAUGGGUGGCCACAGUCACACUUUGCUCGGAGACAUGGAGGACGCGGAGGGCAAGUACCCCACCAUCGUGAAGAACAAGGAUGGCGAGGAAGUCUUUAUCGUCACAGCCUACCGUUGGGGUGAAUACGUCGGCUACAUCGACGUGACAUACGAUCCCGAAGGCAAGAUCCUCGCCUACCACGGCGCACCAAUCCAUAUCACCAACACCACCGAGCAAGACGAGGGUCUCCAAGCCCAGAUCGAAGAUUGGCGCGAGCCGUUCGAGGAAUUUGCCGCAGAAGUCCUCGGUACCUCCAACGUCGUGCUUGACCAAACAAAAUGCCAGGAACAGGAAUGCCUCUUGGGCAACUUCAUGGCCGACGCCAUGCUCGCCUACCGCAAGAAUGAUUCAGCGGAUGUUGAUUUCGCACUCAUCAACGCGGGCGGUAUCCGCGCCACCAUCGACACAGGCGACAUCACGCGCGGCGAAGUUCUCACUUCUUUCCCCUUCGGAAACUCCGUCGUCGAACUCGCGCUCCGAGGCGACGAACUCUGGAACGUUCUCGAAGGCAUCGUGACGGGCAUGAACGUCGAGAACCAGGAGGAAGUGACUUCGUUCUUUCAAGUCAGCGACGGCAUCAAAGUGCAGUACAACCCCGGGAACACGAACUUUACGAAGCUUGUGGCUGUUACUAUUGACGGCGAACCGCUGGAUAAUGGGACGGAAUAUCAUUUCGUCACUUUGGACUUCUUGGCUGGUGGUGGGGACAACUUCUUCACGCCGACGACGGACUUUAUUAGUCUAGACACGCAGGACGAGGUGCUAGUGCAGUACAUCAAGGCUCAGAGUCCAGUGGAUAUCGAGCUGGAUGGGAGGAUUGAGAUGGUAAAUGGAUCGGCGCCAACACCUACGCCUUCUGGGAGUGGGUCGCCGACUGGCACUGGAGCGGCGGAGACGCCUGCUGGGACGGGGGCUGCGGUGGGCAGAGAUUCUGGGGCCAUUUUGGCGGCCAUGUGUGCGCUGGCUGCGAGUAUGGCGUUGCUUUGA